AUGCUCGCCAACAACAUCAUCGGUACCCUUGUCCUUGGCCUCGCUGCCACCGUCUCAGCAGCCAACAACAAGGCGAACGAGUACAAGAGCGGCGAUUGCUCUGGAUCGCUUAACUACGGACACACCGGCGUCAAGCUCGCCACUGUCACCAUGGACGAUUCCUCCCACUCCGUCUACCUGGCUACUGGCGCUACCUACGGACCCUGGCUCGCGUACGAGGGCAAGACCAGCAACGGCGGCUCUUGCACCGGUGCCUACCUCGGCGACCUGCCUGGCGAGUGCGUCAACCUCGACAACCACUUCUCCGGUCGCCGCAUUCGUUGCGUCGCCAAGACUCUUGUUUGA